CCAAGUUAGACUAAACUGUUAAUGCAUAAUUUGCCUAACUGACCAAGUUCACCUUUCAAGCUUACAGGUAUCCCCAAGGCCAGAAUGACUGAGGAACCUUUACCUAAAAAGGUUCGCCUCAGUGAAGGUGAUCUGAAGACUUUGACCAGAGAGGAGCUCUGUGAAAGGUGGAAGCAGGAGGAUGCUUAUGUGCAGAUACUUGAGACAAAAUACUCUGAAUUGAAUUCAAAUGAUGUGACGGGCCUGAGGGAGUCUGAGGAGAAGCUGAAGCAGCAGCAACAAGAGGCUGCCAGGAGAGAGAACAUCCUUGUUAUGAGGUUGGCCACAAAGGAGCAGGAGAUGCAAGAAUGCACAACCCAGAUCCAGUACCUGAAGCAAGCCCAGCAACCCAAUGUGGCCCAGCUGAGAUCUACUAUGGUGGACCCUGCGGUCUACUUGUUUUUCCUUAAGAUGAAGAGCGAACUGGAAGAGAACAAAGACAAAUUGGAGCAAGCCCAAAAUGAACUAAGUGCCUGGAAAUUUACACCUGAUAGGUAAACCAAACCAAAAUAACCCUCGAUCCUCCAGCCAAAGACUGUGCCAGCCAGACAACUGACUCUCUUCUGCAAGAAUGCAAAAUGGAGGGAAAGGAAGGCAGGAAAAUGCAAUACGCUCAAACAUGACUGUGACUUUUUAAAAAGGAAAGAGAGACAGAUCAGAUCAGCCCCACUACUCCUCCUGCAUAUGUCAUAAACUCUUUGUCAGGUGAACUGGUUUCAGCUCUGAGUGACCCUGUUAAGGGGCUUGAAGGAAUCGGGACUGCUCAGAAGAGAUGGUCACUGACACUGAACCUCCAAACCCUCUCCCGCUAGGAACAUUGCUAUACUUUGUUUGGUUUGAUCGGAACAUUUCAGUGUGAAUGGCUUAGGCCUAGAUCACACAACUUGUCUCCUUACUUAGUACAUGCUUUCUCCAAUAAAUGCUAACUUAAACUAACUUGACCCCAUUCCACAUAGAGUAUAGAUAUCGAUUUAAAUUAAAGAGUUGAAAAUGGAGGGACUUGCACAAGGCCCAGUCCAGAGACUGUUAAAGACUAAAGACAUUUGUUAUAGUGAUCCUGGGCUUGCUUCAAGGAGUCAUCUUGAACACCUUUUUCAGUAAUAUGAACGAUACCCAGGUAUGACUGUUUCAUUUUAUUAAUCGCUCAAUAAUCCAAACCUUUUCUGUUCAGUUGAAUUGUGCAAUGUUUUGACAGCACUGUUAAAAGCAGGCCUGUGUUACCAAGGUCUAGUUCAGAUGUAUGUGUUUAAAUGGUUUCACUGAAAUGUUGAACUUUUUUAGAAACUAACUGGUUCAUGUAGCAAUGUAAGCACUUGGUAAGUCAAAUGGGCAAAAUGUAUAUUGUAUUAUAUGAUAUAGGAUCAUAUUGCCUUGAAUCUUGGUUGCCAUCACGCUAAUGCAGAUAGUACUUGUUUGCUGUAUGAUUUGGUAUCUUAAAUAACCCACAAUGAUAUAUUUGAGGGACUUAGCAUUAGGGCUGCUGGGACUGUCUUUUGUUGUAUGUAUACAUGCAUGUAUACAUACAUGUAUACAUAGUUGUAUGUAUAGUCCGUCAUGUUGACGUUAACCCCUGUUUCCUCUGCAGCCAGACUGGAAAGAAGUUGAUGGCUAAGUGCAGGAUGUUGAUCCAGGAGAACCAGGAGCUGGGCAGACAGAUCUCUCAGGGUCGUAUCGCCCAGCUGGAGGCAGAGCUGGCCCUGCAGAAGAAGUACAGCGAGGAGCUCAAGAGCAGCCAGGAUGAGUUGAACGACUUCAUCAUCCAGCUGGACGAAGAGGUGGAGGGCAUGCAGAGCACCAUCCUGGUCCUCCAGCAGCAGCUCCGGGAGACCCGCCAGCAGCUAACCCUGAGAGAGAGCUCUGUUCCUGGGUCGGCCCCCCUGGACCACCACCCAGAGUCAGAGGCUGGCUUUAGCAAAGACUGCGAGGCAGGAUUGGCCAAGGCCAACGGACCAGGCAACCCAAGCCCCUUUGAUAGGACAGAGACAGCUCCUGGCCCCUCCCCAUUCACAGAGGCAGAGACAGGCAUCAAUACGGAGCAGGAUCAGGAGUCUCUACCGUCUCCAUCUCCCUCCGCCACAGGCACAGACUCCAAGCUCUCUAGCCACUUUAGGACCAUAACGAACCAGCUUAGCGAGGGUUAUGAGACUGUAGACUCCCCCACAGGUAGUGAUACCUCCGUCACACAACACUUUAUAGAGACAAAUUCAAACCAGGACCCUCAGGAGGACAGGAUAGUGGCACGGACUAGUUCUAGCAAAGGCGGCAGGACUGUGGGCUCAUGCCAUACCCAGAAUGGGUUGAAUGUUACAGGGUAGGGUCUCAGAUAUUUAUGGCUGGUUUCCCGGACCCAGAGUAAGCCUAUUCGUGGAUUCAACUUUCAAUGGAUAGAAAUCAUGGCCCAGAAUACUGGCAUAGGUUACUAAUGAAAUGUUAUGUAUGCCCCAUCUUUAGAAAAGGUUCACCAGUAGUUGUUGAAUGUGAUGAUAUUCAGUGAUAGACGUUCAUCCAGAUUUUUUUAUUAGUACAUCGUCUGUUUGUGCACGUAUGAUGUGUUAUGAUAACAAGGCGAAGUCAGACUUUUACUUUUUUUAAGUGUAACAAGUCUUCAUGUGCUGAAUACUUUCGUUUUUAACUUGAUUAUGAUUUCCCAUUUAUUGUGAAAAACAAAUGUUUACAAAAAAUAUGACAUCCUGAGUUUGUAGAUGUUCGUUCCAGACUGAAGUACAAUAAAGAUUGUUUUUAAUGUAA